ACUUCCUGAAACUGAAAGAGAAAUAAACAAGCCAGCUACUCCAUAAUGGCGUAUUACCAGUCGACUGCAGAUUACUUGGAAGAGUUAAGUUGUUCAAUCUGUUUGGAACUGUUUAAAGACCCGGUGAUUGUGGAAUGUGGGCACAACUUCUGCAAGUCCUGUAUUAACAAGGUCUGGGACAGCCUCAGUACUCUCUGUUGUCCUGAAUGCAAAGAGGAGUUUUCAGACAGAAGGUAUACAGUGAACCGAUUCCUAGCUAACCAAGUUGCAAAAGCACAGAGUCUGACUCACAAGCUGGAGGAAGAGAUAAUAGAAAUUGGGCAGGAGGAAGAGGAACAACAAACAUAUGUGAAACAUGAGGAAGUAGCACGCCGUUGUUGGAAACAUGAAGAGAGACUGAAUUUGUUUUGUGAGGAAGAUGAAGCUCUGGCCUGUUCAUUGUGUGUCCCUAAACAUUACGGUCACCAUUUCAUAUCACUGCAGGAGGCAGUUAACAUUUACCAGGAGAAGUUAAAAGCAAACUCAGAAUCUCUGGAAGCAAGUCUUAAAGACCUCAGGGAACUGCAGGAAAAACAGGAGAAAGAAGUUGCUGGCAUUAAAGAACGAGCCCAAAAUUUGGAGCAGCAUGUUACUUCAGAGUUUGCCAAACUAUACCGAUUUAUCCAGGACAAGGAACAGCAGCUGAUCAAACAACUGAAGGAUGAAGCAGCAGGAAUUUUGAAUUGUAUGGAGCAAAACUUAAAGGAAAUAGUUGACAAGAUCAACACCAUUCAGGAACACAUAGCUGAUCUACAGUCAAAGAUGGAUCAGGAUGAAGCGGUGCUCUUUUUAACGGGAAUCAAGGAAGAAACAGAAAGGUAUUUAAAAAUAGAGGAGGAACAGUGUGGAUCUCAAGUUGCACUGGUGAUUAAGGACCUGAGACAAGGAGUAUAUAAUGACCCUCAACUGCUGCACAAUGUUUGGAAGAAAAUGAAAUCUGUCAUUGGGCCCACGAAGGAAGGUGAGAAACAACCCGUAUUAAAAAACAAUGCUGAGGCAGAAGGCGAAUCAAAAAAAGAAGAACAGGAGGAGGAGGAAGGAGAAUCCACCAGAAAGAGACGACGAAGAGUGACCAAGAAGACAUAAAUUUUGUAAUAAGUGUAUCAGAUGAUUUGUUUACUGAAAAAAAAAUACCAUUUUUUUAGCAAACAGGUUUUUCUCCUGCACUUAUGGUUAAUGACUUUGUCAUAGACUAAAUUUAAAAUGUCUUUUUUUUUUAAAAUAGAAAAUUAAGGAUGUAAUAAUGAAGACAGAUAUGUAAAUAAGCUUGGAAACUGUGCUGUGUGGAUGGGCGGGUGGGUGGGUAUGACAUUGCUUGAAUAUUUCCGGGAUUUUAUUUCUGAUUGUGAACACCAAGUACUGCAGGAUGAGUUAUGUGUAGCACCUGAAAAAAUAAGAAACGAAAGUCUUAAGAAAAGAAAAGAAAUACUUUUCUUACUAUAUAUUUUUCCUGUGCAGUAAUAAAUGUGGUAUCUAAGUUCUGAACAUUUUGCAUUGGACAGUCUU